CCUGCCCGGCCGUGUAGCCGCGGCAGCCGGCAGAACGAAUGCCCCGGUGUUCGCUGUCAGACCUCCGGGCGGUCUGACAAACCUGCCGUGAGGGCGCAGGCUGACGAGGAGACCUCGUAGAAUGGGGUGCAAGCACGCCAUAGCAUGGAGCAAUCCUUCGGGAAAGCUGUGCGGUUCGAGAUUUGGGCUCUUGACGCGGCCGUAGGCUGGGGACGUUGCAAAAAGAGUGUUUUGAGGUGAUGAAUGAGCGCGUUCAUCCCAAAAGAGCCUUCCCAGCUCCUGUCAGGGAGUGCUCUGGGAGUGAGCGGGCACCAGCAGGCUGGUGGAUGGCUCAGGGGAAGGUGGAGAGCACAAAAGCUCUAUAUUUGGUUUAUCGAGGCGUUCGUAUCCUCGGGAAGAGGCAGAUGCAGUUCAGCAGAUGAGGGAUAAACAGACGCAGGUGGAUGUUGCAAUAAGAAAACUCUGGGACCGGCUGGGGUUGGCAUUACUUGAAAGUGAUUGAUUAAUUAACUGAAAAUGUGUAUGCUGUGUGCCAGUAGGAAAGAGACAGAUUCCCUGCUGAAAGUCCUGCGAUUCUUUAAGUGCUGGUCAAAGUGGGCAGCAGUCUUCUGGUGUUAAAGGAUCUAUUGGUCUCUCUGAAAUGCAGAGGGAAUGAACAGAGAUAGGGGAACAGGGCACAUGCCAGAGUGCCUUUGAGCACAGGAGUCCUGUGCCUUAUUGUAAUAAAAGUGCUCGAGGAGGUGAUGGAUGCAAGAGCAGAAUGAGUCUGGGGGCACGAAGCACCUCUGCUAGGCACACGGUGAGACACCUGAGGAAGGUGGCGGGCACGAGUCCCCCAGCUGGCAUUUGAAGCUGUGACUGUAGGGAAGCUCUAGUCCUGAACGGCUGAAGAGGAGGAGGCAAGGCUGAAAACUCAUUCCCACCACGUCAGGAUCUCACACUGGUGGGGCUUGAAGAGGGGGAGGCUUGAGGACAGAGACCAGCCCUGCUCACAUGUCUGUGGCGGUGCCCAAAGUCGAGUAAUGCCUGUGGUGAGGGGAUGGGGGACAGCUCGGUGCUGCUUUCUUCUCCGUGGUCUCUCCUUCCUCUGGGGAGGGGUGGGGUCCAGCCAGCCAGCAGCCAGGCUUGGUGGCCCACAGGCGUGUUUGGUGUCUGCCAGCCUUUGCAGGGCCGGCAGCAUGACUAAGCCACUGCGACCAAGAGGGAUGCUUGCAGCCCACCAGAAGCCUGCCUUCCCUGCCUCAGUGGCCACAAUGUUGUUUUACCGAAUAAACUCUUUGUUCCGUGGGAGAACGCUGGGAUGUGUCGGCCUCUGCCAGUGGGUCACUGCCUGAGAGUUGUUUUACAAACCUGCAACUUAACUUUUGUGCCUGGGUGGUGAGGUGAGGAGGAAUGGGGCUGCAGGAGGGAGCUGCUGGCUGGGCAGCACACGGGGUGCUGGCUGCACCAGUCCCCUCCAGCAGCCCUCGACAAGCCAUAUGGCUCUGGGCAAGGCAUGCAGGGGUGUUCCAUGCUGGGCAGGGGACAGAGGCGCAGGUGCAGGGCUGAGCAGGCGCUGAAGUUGGUGCUAUGAAUUCUCUGGGUGACUACGCAUGCAUGAGUCUCUGGGUGGGGGAAGGGAAAGGGUGAAGAGGGGUUGUCUGCCAUGAAUCAGACUCACAUUUUGGGAUGUGUCCCCUGGUGAGCCUGCUGCAGACGCACUUGUGUCAGGAGAGGGGUUUUGCCUCACAACUCUUGGCCUUGUGCAGGGUGUGCCGUGUGCUGCUCUGUGCCGGCGUGUGGGCAGGUGGGCAGCCCUGCCCAGGCCCGCAGUCAUCGACCGCUCUCCCUGGCACCGAGACCCCGGCGCUUCUCAGCUCACUCAGAUCACUGCUCACAGUUGUGUUUUCCAGCUGGUCCCAAAGUCCUGAGUCACUCUGUGGUUUCCAUGGAAACAGCCUUGCUGGCGGGAAUCAGUUUUGGGGGUAGAGGGUGCCGGUAGCUGGACUGGCACCAGGCAGGCUUGUGGGAAGGACUGGCAAGGCUCAGGCACUCCUCCAGUGCAUCGUCUUUGUGCCAGGGCUUUUACAAAGGCUGGAGCAGGCACCUCUGUUGCACAGACCCUCGCAGCUUUUUCCACUCCCUUUUCCCUUCCUCCCUCCAUGGGGGAGCAGAGAGGUUUCCCUGGCAGUGAGGGAAGCUAAGGAUGAGCCCAGCCGGGUGGAGGGUACAACUUCUGGGGAGCUGUUGAGAGAGGGGGACAGCCUGGAUGGCAACCAAAAAGAGCAGAGUUUUUUUUUGACGGCCUGUGAGAGAGCCUUGGGAACAGCAAUAGCAGUGUCAGGAAGUGCAAGGGUUUCUGCCAUCACCCCUGAGUCGCCUGAGCACAGCCACCUCCAGGGAGCAAGGGAACCUGCAGGGAAGGCUUGGGGCAGGAGUCAAGGCAGCUGCCCAUGUGGAGAUGCUGUGGGAGCCCCCUGCGAGGAUGAGUGUGCCACGGCGCCCUGCGUAACACCUAGCUGCUUUUGGAGCUCGGGAGACCUGUGAGUUGUACCGACCCCUGCAACUUCCCCGCAGACUCCAGCCUGCCUGGCAGCGCCUGAACUCGGCUGCCACUGCAGCCUUCAGUGCCACGGCCUGGCUGCAUGGCUCCAAAAGCAGGUAAUUCCCCUCAAACCUAGGAAGACCGUGCCCAAAAGAGGAGCCCCCGGUCCCUGCUGCACGAUGGCUGGCCGGCCGCAUUCACUGCUUCCUGCACCGGUGACUCACAGAUGCCAUUCAGCUUAAUUCAUCACCUCCGAUCUCCCCGGCGCUCCUGAGCUGUCUUGCUGGCUUCUCGCCUGCUCAUCUCCCUCAGAGCAGUGCUGGAAGUCAGUGGAGGAGGAGGAGGAGGAAGAGGAAGGCAGGUGAUUACGCAUCUGCCGCUGUUGGCAGGUGCACAGGGUGGGGGAGGUUGCACUGCUUGCGCCCAUCCUCUCCCUUCCUCCAGGCUCAAGGCUGCGGGAAGUGGGGCAGGGGAGAGGAAAGGCUCAGCACCUUCCUCUUCCCACAGACAAUGCUCCUGUCCCUGUGCCAGGCACUGGCUGGCCUCCUGCUGCACUUAGAGCCGGCUGCCGGAUGCCGUGCAUCCCUUGUGGACAGCCCGGUCCCAAUGCGGCUGCAGGCAGCUGCACGGGAAUGCAGGCACGGCAGCAGAGUGCAGUCUGGCAUGCUGUGACCGCAAGGGGGUUGGGGUUGGGAAAGGGGCAGUGGUGGCCCCAGCACAGUGCCAAAAGCCCCCACGUGCCUUCUGGCAGGUCCCUUGCAGUACCAGCAGUGCCAGGGGCUGGAAGGUGUGAGUGAUGUACCCCCAUCCCACGCUCCAUCUCACAGUCCCAGCUGCCUGCAGGGACACACUGAACUCGGCUCCCACCCUUGGGCUGCGUUUGCUCAUCAUCUUUGGUGGAGCCGAGCUGGAGACAGAGCGGAGGGUGAUUUUGACUGGGAACACUUCUAGCAUGGAAACAUCUAUGAGGCCAGCGUUCCAGAUGACUCCCAUGGUCUGGGGCUGAGGAGCCAAAACGAUCCAUGCCUCAUACAGCGCCUUGUGGGCACGGCCCUCUCUCCAGCUGCUGUCUGAACUGCUGGCCCUGGUAUCAGUGCCUGAAGAGGAACAGGCCAGUUUAAGAACAAGGUUCCUUGGGGCAGGAAUGGGAGUGUGAGUGGCUGUCCUGCUGUGUCUCUGUGCAGGACACAUCCUUCUGGGGCCUGUUGGCCGCAGCCACUGCUCAGCCUGCCCUCUCCAAGCCGUGUGGAGCCCUGCACAGCUCCUCCUUGGCAGGUGUUCACACCAGCCCGACUCUGUCUGACAGAUGAACAAGGGGUGGUGGCAGUAAAAGUGAUCCUCAGUUGUCCUUGCAGCUCUCAGGUGCCAUGUGCUUCUGCUGCCCCAGGAGCUCCUCCAGAGAACUCAGCUGCCGGUCGCCACUGCCUCUGGAGCCCAGGGCCGGACUGAGCAGGAACUGCAGCCCCUCUGCAGGGGCAGGCAGUGAUGGGAGGAGGCAGGAGAGCCAGUUGGGAGACACCGAGACGACCUGUGAAGAAGCUCCAUGAAGGUGACCAGCCAUGCAAUGUUCCUGGAAGGCUGUACUCCUCCUAGCCUUGGCAUCCAUUGCAAUCCAGUACACAGCAAUCCGGACCUUCACUGCCAAGUCCUUCCACAGCUGCCCCAUCCCUAAUCCUGUGAACUGCAGCCUGAGCCAGGACACCGAUGUGGCUGACAGGCUGUGCGAUGAGAAUCCCACUUUCCCAUAUAACCUCUCCAGGAAGACUCAUGUUCUCAUCCUUGCCACCACCCGCAGCGGCUCCUCAUUUGUUGGGCAGCUGUUCAAUCAGCACUUCGAUGUCUUCUAUUUAUUUGAGCCCCUCUACCACGUCCAGUACACCCUGAUCCCAAAGCUGACCCAGAGCAAGAGUACGACAGACAGGCGGGUCAUGCUGGGGGCCAGCCGAGACCUGCUGAGGAGCCUGUAUGACUGCGACCUCUACUUCCUGGAGAACUACAUCAAGCCCCAGCCAGUCAACCACACCACCGACCGCCUCUUCCGCAGGGGAGCCAGCAAGGCCCUGUGCUCACCACCUGUAUGUGAGUCCCUGGGAGCUGUGGAUCUCCACUUGGAGGAAGGAGACUGCGUGAAGAAGUGUGGGACCUUGAACCUGACGCUGGCCACUGAGUCCUGCAGAGAGCACGGCCACGUGGCCAUCAAAACCGUACGGGUGCCCGAGGUCAAUGACCUCCGGGCCCUGGUGGAGGACCCGCGGCUGAACUUGAAGGUCAUCCAGCUGGUGAGGGACCCCCGGGGGAUCCUGGCAUCCCGGAGCGAGACCUUCCGAGACACCUACAGGCUCUGGAGGAUCUGGGAUGGCACCGGCAGGAAGCCAUACAACCUGGACGUGACCCAGCUCACCACAGUGUGCGAGGACUUCUGGAACUCUGUGUCCACCGGCCUCAACCGGCCACCAUGGCUCAAAGGCAAGUACAUGCUGGUGCGGUACGAAGACCUGGCCAGGAACCCCAUGAAAAAGACUGAGGAGAUCUAUGAUUUCCUGGGCAUCCCCAUGGACAGCAACGUGGAGCGCUGGAUACAGAACAACACCCGAGGAGACAGGUCCUCCUCCAAACACAAGUAUGGGACGGUGCGCAACUCGGCGGCAACGGCGGAGAAGUGGCGCUUCCGUCUGUCCUACGAGAUCGUGGCGUUCACCCAGCACGCCUGCCAGCAGGUGCUGGCGCAGCUUGGCUACAAAACUGCUGGCUCUGAGGAGGAGCUGAAGAACCUCUCCAUCAGCCUGGUGGAGGAGAGAGACUUCCUGCCCUUCUCCUAAGGCAGCCCCAACGGGCCUGGUUUUGAUGCGUACUGUUUCUAACUGAUGCCUUAUUUUAUUUUCUUUCCUUUUUUUCCCCCCCUCUUUCUCUCUCUUGUCUUUUCCUCUCCAAAAUUUGCACUAAACCUUGAGUGGGAAUCUCAACGGCCGAGUCCAGGGGAAGUGACUGCUGCCCCUCAAUACAUUUUGGAUGCCAGGAGGAGUUGGGUCUCUCCAAGCAAGAGCUAGAACUCUGGAUGGGUAACAAUGUUUACAAAACACACAAAAUGUAUAAAGCAACCUUCAAGCUUUCCAAACCGAAGGGUAUCUGGGGUACUGUACUUUUGCACUGUUUACUUUUACAAUGUAAGAGGUAAAUAUAAAUAUAAUUUAUGAAUGGUAUCAUCCCCUCCAGAAUUAAGUCCCCCUGCCCCCAAUGAGCAGGUUAGACUGGAAGCUGAAAGUGGAACAACCUCCUCAUUUUUUGAUCUCAGUGCGACAUGUCUGUCUGUUGAAGUCCUGUUAUUGGGCUGGGCAGCUGGUCAAGCUGCUCCUACAUGGUUGUUUGGUAACACCUGUGAUAUUUCUUUGUGCCAAAAACCCACAAAAGAAAAGAAAAAAAAAAGGGAAAAAAAGCGAUUGGGUCAUUUGGUAAAAACCCAACACAUUUAAUGCUUUAUUUCUGUGUUUUCUGUAAAUAAAAGUGCAAUAAAACUGACCUAGGGGUGAACUUC